AAAAAACCGUACCAUGCCAAACGCCCGCACCGCAAGUCCAGGACAGGAUGCCGCAACUGCAAGGCCCGCAAAGUCAAGUGCGACGAGGCCCGUCCCGUGUGCGGUGCCUGCGCCGCCCGGGACGAGAAGUGCCUCUAUGUUGCUGCACCGAAGCACAACCCAUCACCCUCGUCGUCCUCGCCCGGCCAGCAGUCAGCCUCCAGCCUCGCCCUCGCGGACACGGCCGUCACCCAUCCACACCCGCACCCGCAACCUCUGUUCAUCGCUGGCGGCCACGACGAGCUUGACAUGCGGCUGCUCUGGUUCUACACCGCGGCCACCUAUGCCUCCUUUUCUACCGGCAAGCUGAAGGAGCGCAGCGUCGACGUCAUCCUCAAGGUCAAUGUCGUGAAGCAUGCCUUUGCCAACCCUUUCCUGAUGAACUGCGUGCUGGCUCUCUCUGCGAUGCACAUCAACCACCUCGGACUGCGCAACAUUGGCGUCACUCGCCAGCAUGAGAUUCGCUACCGAGCCAGGGCCUUCGAGACCUGCCGGAAGGCCGUCCAGGCCGCCGAUCCCGCCACCUAUCAGGCCCUGCUUGCCUCCUCCCUCCUGCUCUGCGGCCUGGCGACCCACGUGUUUCGCGGCGAGGACGCCCGGCCGCUGGCUGUGCUGGACUGGAUGCUCCUCUGGAAAGGGAUCGGCAGCAUCAUCGAGAUCGUCCAGUCGUCGAUGUGUUCCGGGGUCGGACCACUGUUCUACCGUUCCGGGGUCGGACCACUAUUCUCCCGGCCCAAGGUAGAUCUGGCUGCGUCCGCCAGGUGCCUCCCCAGCUACCUUCUGUUCAUGAUUGACUCCAUCAAACCCGGCGAGCCCGAGUUCCCGCUCGUCCAGAGCUAUUACAAGGCCCUGCAAUUCCUCGGCUCCCUCUACCUGGAGCUCAACAACGGCUUUAGCCAGUUGCUGCGGUUGCGCAUCGUAACCCUCAUCACCUUCCUCCCCCCCAAGUUCAUCGAGGCCGCCCGGGAAAGGCGGCCGCGUGCUCUUGUCAUCGUGGCCCAUUAUCUUGUCUUCGCGAAACUCGCCGCCAAGACGUGCUGGUGGCUGGACGGCAUCAGCGAGCACGAGAUCCCGAACAUACACGCCUUUCUCGGGCCCGAAUGGCACUCUUUGCUGCGGGUGCCCAUGGCGGCGCUGCUGCUGGCCAACGACAGGGAUAUCGCCCGGCUGCUGCUCGACGACCCUACCUGGGAC